GUCAGAAGAAUGUUAGUUAGAGAUAUAGGAGCUGUCUAACUGAGGCAGGGAGGGAGAGACUCCACAGAGCAGCUCAGUGAGUCAGGGAUAAUAAUACACGUGUGAUCUCUGCACAAGACACUCUCAUCACCCAACCAAAGCAACUGACCUAAAAGACUUUGAGAAGGAAAGCAGGUGGUAAUUUCAAAGGAAAGAAACAUACCAUAAUGGAGAGAAGCAUGAUCCUGUCAUUGGUUGAGUGCUGUAUUUUGCUGACUGUAGUCCACAUAGCAAUGGCAUCUUACCUGAAAGAGAUGGAAAACCCUAAGAAGCAUCACCAUAAGGUUCAGCAUGGGCCCUGCAGCUAUACCUUCCUCCUGCCUGAGGUAGAUAACUGCCCCUCACCUCCAGCUGACUUCCAGGUAUCCAACUCCCUGCAGAGAGAUGCACCUCCACAUGCAGAACAUCAGUGGCCCACUAAGAAGCUGCAGGAUCUAGAGAGCAUAACUGAAAAUAACACACAAUGGCUACAAAAGCUGGAGAGUUUAAUCCAGGAUAGUGUAAGAGGUGAAACUGGAGGUGGCCAGGGGUCAGCAGUGCAGAAUCAAACAGCCACCAUGCUGGAAAUUGGCAAAAACAUACUAACUCAAACAGCAGAGCAAACCAGAAAGCUGACCGAUGUCGAGACCCAGGUUCUAAACCAGACAAGUAGGUUGGAAAUCCAGCUGCUGGAAAAUUCUUUAUUCACUAACAAACUGGAGAAAGACAUGAUGAUGCAGACUCAAGAAAUAGUCCAAAUGCGUGAAAAGAAUAGCCUCCUUGAGCAUAAAGUCCUGGAAAUAGAGGAAAAUCACAAAAAAGAGAUUGAAGGUCUUAGAUCUGAGAAGCUCCAGGUGGAUGAUGUACUCACCAGGCAAAAUGGAUUGAUUGGGGAGUUGGGACAGCAACUUAGCGAAGCAACCAUGAACAACAGCAUGCUGCAGAGGCAGCAGAUGGCCAUUAUGGAGACUGUUGGGCAACUAAUCAACAUGGUUUCACAAUACAACCAUAUUCCAGUCAUACCCAAAGAGGAUCAGAUGACGUUUCGUGAUUGUGCAGAUGUUUAUAAAUCUGGCUUGACCACUAGUGGAGUUUAUACUUUGCACUACUCAAACACAACCAGCACAGUGAAAGUACUGUGUGAAAUGGAUAUAAGUGGAGGAGGAUGGACUGUUAUCCAACAUCGCAAGGAUGGAUCUGUGGAUUUUCAUCGUCUCUGGAAGGAAUAUAAAGAGGGCUUUGGGUCCCCAUCUGGGGAGUACUGGCUUGGGAAUGAAUUUGUUCACCAGCUCACCACUCACGGUUCAUAUGCUCUGCGGAUCCAGCUCCGAGACUGGGAUGGAAACGAAGCUUACUCCUUGUAUGAUCACUUUUCUCUGGGCAAUGAGGAUCAUAAAUAUAGGCUGCAGGUGAGAGGAUACAGUGGGACUGCAGGAAGGACAAGCAGUUUUAGCCCCACCGGGACAGAGUUCAGCACUAAGGAUGUAGAUAAUGACAGGUGCAGCUGUAGAUGUGCACAGAUGGCAACAGGAGGAUGGUGGUUUGAUGCCUGUGGCCCUUCUAAUCUUAAUGGAAUCUAUUACCAAGGGGGACACAGUACAGCAAAGUUUAAUGGAUUAAAGUGGCACUACUGGAAAGGGCCCACUCAUGGCCUCAAAUCUGUGAGCAUGAUGAUCCGUCCUACAGACUUUUAAGGAUGUCAAAACGAAGUGGAGAAUCUUGUUAGUCAUAAUUGAGACUUUUACAAAGACUUUAGAAAAAGAGAAGAUGAUUGGGAACUCAUGGACCAAGAAAUGUGCUGAAGUGAUCUCUGACAAGCUAGAGCUCAAUGGGUGCUGCGAUACUAUCUCUUGUUCAACAUUUAUGGGUGGAAAACAAGUUUCCUUGCAUCAUCUUUCCUCACACCGUAAACAAAUCUAUUUUACAUAAUGUCUGCCCAUUUCUCAUACAAAGGAAGAACAAUUCCAUUCCUAGUACAUUCUGGAGGCUCGCUCAUUGCCCUGGACAUUCAGAUUAACAAAACAAAUUAUUUUUCAGUCUAAAAUAUUCAGCUAAUACUAUAUUUUAUCUCCAGAUGUAAAUGAGCAAUAGACUGUGCUCUGUAUAGUAUAUGUACUGUAUGCUUUGUACAUUCCGUUGUUUAUUGCAUCACACCUGCUUUAACUUUGGUGUAAUGCUUGCUAGCACCUUGUUAAGAUAAAUGCUCAGAGCAUCUUAGAAAAGCCCUAAGAGGUGCAAAGAAACUUGAAUUUACUUCCAGUUACACUUCACCCAUUGAAAAGUUUCAGUUUUGUAUUGCGAGGGUCAGACUAUAAUAUACACAUGUAUAAUUGAUGUAAUUCAUUUCAGACUGUGUUUCCGAGCUGUCAGCCCAUAAACAGCUAUUAUAUAUUUUUUUAACAUAUACAUGAAAACAGAUUAAAUUUCUCCAGACAACCAGA